AUGUUUCGCCUCCUCCUCCCCCUCACCAUCCUAGCAGGUCGCGUCGCGGCGCAAACAUUCACAAACUGCAAUCCCCGCAAUUCAACAUGUCCCGUCAACCCAGCUUUGGGAACAACACUCGAGGAAACCUACAACGCCACCACCACCGAAUUCAAUCCCAAUCUCUGGACCAUUGAUGCCGGAAAAUCUCUCAUUCAAUUCGGCGACGAUGGUGCUCAACUAUCCCUCUCCAGCGAAAAAGAUACCGUAACCCUAAUCUCGACCUUUUUCAUCUUCUGGGGAGUCGUAGAAUUCAUCAUGAAGGCAUCGCCUGGAACCGGCCUCAUUUCCACCGUCAUUCUGCUCAGUCAGGAUUUGGAUGAAAUAGACUGGGAAGUCAAAGGCAGCAACACGACGACCGUCUCCAACAACUACUACGGCUGGGGAAAUCUCGACCAAAUGUUCUCCGAAUACCCAGCAGUGGAUGGUCCACAGCAAGAUUUCCACAACUACACCAUUGAUUGGAAYGCCGAGCGCAUCCUCUUCUACCUCAACAACGCCCUCGUGCGAACCGUCAAUGCCGCGGAGCCAGGCCUCUACCCUCAAACCCCCUCUCGCGUGCAGUUCGGAACUUGGUGCGGAGGCUGUUCCAAAAACCAAGGAACGGUGGAUUGGGCUGGUGGCAAACCCGAUUGGAGUGGUGCGCCAUAUACCAUGACUGUCAAGAGUUUGAGAGUCGUGGAUGGAACUUCCAAUGCUACCGAGUAUGCAUAUGGCGAUAUGAGUGGUUCUGCUGCAAGCAUUAAAAUCACCGAAGGUAAAUCCAAAGCAUACAAACACCUCAACUCCGAAAGCACCUCGCAAAAAAUCUCCAAACAAUGGACCGGCAUGUCCACAGGCGCCAAAAUCGGCAUCGCAUGCGGCAUCGCCGCGGCAUUCCUCCUCGCAUUCGUGGCGUUUGGAUUCUAUUGCGUCAAGCAGCGCAAGGAAGGGAAAUUGGAAGCUGCGAUGCAUGAUGAGAAGUGGGCCGAGCAGAAUGCCGAGUUGAUGGAGUAUAGGACUAUGAUGGCCAAGGGCAACUUUGCUGUUAGUAGGCAGAGUAUUCUGAUGGAUGGGAAGAUGGAGCAGCAGGUGCCGCUGAAUCGGGGGAGGAUUUGA